UCUGGAACGUCUCUCUCUCUGUCUGAUCUCUCUCUCUUAUCUCAUGGGUACCGUUCCAACUUUUGCAGCACUACUUCUGGUGCUUUCGCUUCUGCACCAGAUGCAUGGAGAAAAUGUAGGUGAGUUGGAUAUAAUUAAAAGCACAUCUACAAAUGGUAGCUGUGAUCUCUUUCAAGGAAGUUGGGUCUAUGAUGAAUCAUACCCUCUCUAUGAAACACCAAAUUGUCCCUUCAUAGAGAGGGAGUUCGAUUGCCAGAAAAAUGGUAGAGCAGACAGAGACUAUCUCAAAUAUAGGUGGCAGCCCACCGCAUGCAACUUACCAAGGUUUGAUGGAAAAAACUUUUUGGAGAGGAUUCAAGGGAAGAGGUUGAUGUUUGUGGGAGAUUCUCUAAGUCUAAACCAGUGGCAAUCUCUGACAUGCAUGCUUCACAUAGCUGUGCCUCAGGCUAACUAUACUUCUAUUACUGUUCAAGGUCUCUCUACCUUCACUUUUCCCGAGUAUAAUGCAAAAGUGAUGUUCUCUCGAAAUGCAUUCCUUGUAGACAUAGUUAGCACCAACAUUGGUCGAAUUCUUAGACUUGAUUCAAUUGAAGAAGGCAAAUUAUGGAGAGGAAUCGAUGUCUUGAUCUUCAAUUCCUGGCAUUGGUGGCUUCACACUGGAAGGAAACAACCAUGGGAUUUUAUUCAGGAAGGAAAUCACAUUCAACGAGACAUGGACAGGUUGGUUGCCUAUGAGAUAGCGUUGAAUACAUGGGCUAAAUGGGUUGACACCAAUGUUGAUCCUUCCAAAACUAAGGUUUUCUUUCAAGGAGUCUCGCCUGAUCAUAUGAAUGGAUCUUUUUGGGGUGAACCACAAGCGAAAAAUUGUAAGGGACAAACAAAACCAGUUAUGGGAUCAAGCUACCCAGGAGGUUCAAACCCAGCUGAGCUAGUAGUGGAGAAAGUACUACAAAGCAUGUUAAAGCCUGUUUUUUUGCUUAAUAUCACAACUCUUUCUCAACUGAGGAAAGACGGCCAUCCAUCUGUGUAUGGCCAUGGUGGCCAUAAUGACAUGGAUUGCAGUCACUGGUGCCUAGCAGGAGUCCCUGAUACCUGGAACCAACUCCUUUGCGCAACUAGCUUUCUCUCACAUCAAACUUGAAAUGAAGACUUUCGAACCCAUUGUUCAAUCAUUAAAACUAUUUGUCCUUGAGAAUAAAUAAAUAUUGGAAAU